UCAUCUUCUACCUUUGUCUUCUUCCAUAUCUCUGUGACCACAGUUAGGGUUUCCUAUUUGUCUUUCAAUGGCUGAGGAAGGUUCCUCUGUUCCCGAUCCACAGUCACUCCCUGUACAACAACCAGCUCAUGAUCAUGUUAAAAACCCUCCAUCCGCCAACUCCGGUUCGACGUUUUCCGGUGAUAAAAUGCAGAAUGAAGCUAACCCACGAUCAGAAAUCGACACUUCCGCACCGUUCGAGUCUGUGAAGGAAGCCGUGACUCGAUUUGGUGGUAUUGGAUUCUGGAAACCUUCACACAAGCUCUCUGAACCGACCCAGCAAGAUGAUGAUGAUGAAUCCAUUAAUGUGAUGAAAAUUGAGGAACAGACUAUGUUACUGGAGAAAGAUCUGAUAGCAAGAGAAAAGGAGACUCUUGAUGUCUUGAAAGAACUAGAAUCCACUAAGAACAUUCUUGAAGAAUUGAAGUUGAAGUUACAGAAAGAAAUGGAAGAAUCAGAAAAGGGAAAGGAAAACGAGAAUCCCAGUAGUAGUAUCUUCCCGGAAUUCAUUCUAAUGGAAUUGAAACAUGCCAAAUUGAACCUUACUAGAACCACAACUGAUCUUGCUGAAAUCCGAACUAGUGUUGAAACUUAUAACAAAAUUAUAGCUAAGGAGAAAGUUUCACUUUCGAAGACCCGCGAUGUAUUGUCAGCGAAUUCUUCGAGAAUCAUAUCGUUGGAGGAGGAAUUAAGCAGGACGAAUUCGACAAAUCUCCAUUUCAGGAACAAUAAUCUAUCCAAGGUGCUUCAGCAAUUGAAUUCCGAGGCAGAAGAGUAUAAGAAAGCUGGGGAAGCUGCAAGAUGUCAAGUUUUCAGUACAUUAUCUGAAAUAGAACUUACAAAGACCAAGAUUAAAGCAGCUAAAAUCAAAUUAGUUGCUGCUAAGAAAAUGAAGGAUGCUGCCCGAGCUUCAGAAGCAGCAGCUCUUGCAGAGAUCAAUGCAAUAUCAACAACAAAUGAAAAGAAAUUUGGAGAAGGAGAAGGAGUAACUCUUUCCUACAAUGAUUACUUGAUGUUAACUUCAGCUUCGAGAAAGAGAUUGUCAGAAGAAGCUAUGAUUGUUCUUGACAAAGAAAACGUAUCGCAAAUGGAGAUUUUGAAAAGGGUAGAAGAAGCUACUGAAGAAGUGAAAUCCAGCAAGAGGGUUUUGGAAGAAGCUCUUAACAGAGUAGAGGCUGCAAACACAGCAAAGUUGGUUGUUGAAGAAUCUCUCAAGAAAUGGAAAUGUGAUCACGAUAGCCAUAGCCAGAGAAGAAAGAAUACCAAAUCCAUCAACCAUGGAAAGGAUCCUCUGAAUUUGGUAAAUGAAGGGGAUGAGACUAAACCUGUCUUGAGGCCAACUUUGUCCAUAGGGCAAAUACUAAGCAGGAAAUUACUUCUGAAGGAAGAAUAUGAGAAAGGUUGUGUAAAGCAGAAAGUCUCAUUUGGCCAAAUGCUUUGCAAACCAACCAGUGACAAUGGCAUUAAGGAGCACUUACCCACAAAAAGGAAGAAGUUUGUUCGGUUUACUCGAUUCUCGAUCCUUGUGAGCAAGCAAAACAAAAAGAAGAAGAAGAAGUCAACAACUUCUAGUUAGUUAGUCAGUCAGUUAACUUAGUUAUUCUUUAUUCUGUGUUCCUGUCUUUCUUCUUAAGUUUUCACUACUGUGAGUUGUUGUUCCUUAAAAUGUUCUACUCUAUUAGUCUUGACAAAAUAGUAUGAUCUCUAAUUCUAUUGUUAGUCUAUUCU